CUUGUUGGUAGCUCUGAUUUUUGACAAAUGUCAAAAUUUAGCAUCGGAAGGACGUGACGUCACUGAUCUCUUUUCCACACGUUCUCGUAGUGAUCGGUAGCAAGCUUCUUCGAGUAGCAAAAAUCUAAGCAAAAUGGGUCGUGUACGUACGAAGACCGUGAAAAAGGCCUCGAAGGUUAUCAUUGAGAAAUAUUACACUCGCUUGACGAUGGAUUUCCACACGAACAAACGUAUUGUUGAGGAAGUGGCCAUCAUUCCCACUAAACCACUGCGCAACAAGAUUGCUGGUUUCGUGACACAUCUGAUGAAGCGUCUGCGACACUCCCAGGUGCAUGGUAUCUCAAUCAAGCUACAAGAAGAGGAGCGCGAACGUAGAGAUAACUACGUGCCGGAGGUUUCUGAGCUGGAACAGGACAUCAUUGAAGUCGACCCAGAGACCAAGGACCUGAUGAAACACAUGGAUUUCAACACCAUCGUCGUGCAGGUCACUAACCCAUCCGCGCAAGGUUAUAACAGGCGUAACUAGGUCGAGAACAUUAUUGAUAAAAUGUUCUCGAUUAAGUGUCGUUUUGUAUUGUAAGCAAAUGGUAUCUAGCCGGAUAAAAAAUAUACACUAAAAACUA